GCCGCUGCCGCUUCUGCCGCCGCUGCCGCCUGCAAAACUGCCUCCCCUUCCUCUGAUGCCCAGGCAGGGCAGCGCUGCUCCUGGUGGACAGACGGGCGCACCCUGGGCCUAACGGAUGCACCGUCAAGCACGUGAACUCCCGCCUCCAAUUUGGCUCUGUGCCGGACGGCGGCGGCGGCUGCAGCCCCGCUGUGGAGGCCUCCCGGUGGUCUCCGCCCGGCUCUUAAACGCAGCCUUUGCUCUUUGCACAGUAAUUUCAGUUCCUGCACGCACCAGCGAGCCUUCGGUGUGGCGCCGAGAGCCCGUGGUUGAGAUAUGAGACGGGAAUCACCCGCCACAGCGCAGGCAGUGACCCCGCCGCACUGGGAAGAGCCGAGCGAGAGCAGAUUGAUUCUUCUGAGGAAUCAUCCCUGACUGUGUCUUCUCUGUAAGAUACAACUGCUUCCUAGUGGGAAUACAAUUCAAGGGAACGCUCUGAAGUUUUCCUGAAGAGAAAUUCCAUGGGGACUGUACCUGACCCUCUGAGAUCGGCUAAAACUUCCCUGAUUGCUGCUUCUGGAAAAGAAGAGGAACUAGGAGAGGUGAGAUCUGCCUCAUCUCAGCACAGUCCAGCUCUCUUGUGUAAGAAUGCCAAUGGCCUUUCAGGGGCUCCCGCAGAACCAGACCUCAGUCACAGGGCAGUGGCUGAGGCCCUGAUGCAGGCUUGUGAGCAUGAGACAACCCAGCCAGACAUGUCUUCUUCUGGUAUCUUCAGUGAGGUGGAGAAAGCGCUUCCCACAGUCAACUCUCCUGGUAACACCCAGCAGCCAGGAAGCAGCAUGCCUGCAGCACCAGCCCCCUGUUCUGCAGCAGGGAAGGAUCUUACACAAGCACCAUUUACCAUGCCAGCCAAUCAUUGCACCAACCAGGCCAUCCUGGCUGACCAGCUCAAAGCUAGCCCCUCAUCUGUGCCUGAAGACACCCAGGUGAAAUCACAGAGAACUUCAGGUGGAGAGCAGCCUGAGAAGUCAGGUUGUCCUGCAGGAGACAGCCAUGGUAGCAGCAAAGAUCAAGUGCCCUGUGAUUUUCCUUCUCAAGAAACAGUCCAGGGAAUGGUGCAAACUCCAAAGAUAGCAACCCCUGUGUCUAGUCAUUCAGCCUCUCCUGUAGGUGAAUCUGAAGGGGAGAGGCAGCAAGACCUUUGUGACUCUGAGCCAAGGUCCUGUGACUCUCCAGCUAGGGAAUUUGGGUAUUCAGAAAACAAACAGCCCUUUCCCACUGCCUCGGACCCCCAGGCCGUGUCUUCUGUGGCACCUCAGCCAUCUCAUCUCUCCAGCAAAAGUCCAACAUUUCCUCCAGACUCAAAGAAGGUGCUGCUGCCAGCACAGCAUCAGGGGUUAAGGUUCAAAGAGGUAAGCACAAUGACCAACCAAGCUGAAAGCGAGAUCAAGGACGUUACCAGCAGGACUCGGCAAGAUGUUGAGGUGCAGGCAGUGGCAACUGUCGAAAGCAGAUCAGUCUCUACCAGCCCCAGCAUCCUCGCUGCCUUUUUAAAGGAAAACCCUGCUCCUAAGCGUUUUGAACAAGAGCAACUGCGUGUCAUCUGCCGUGGCAGUGGCAGCAGGAGCCACACGUUGGAGCUGUCUGACGGCACACUAGCCCCCCAGGAGGCGAGUCAGCGCUAUGGCAUCAUGCCAGAGGUACACGUCCUGGCAGCUGGAGCUGGUUUCACAGCUUUGCAAGGGGAAAGUAAAUUAAUGAGCUUACCAGACGAGGUCCUUCAAGCCUCACCAAUCAGUGCAGCAUCCAAUAAUAUUCAAGAUAUGUGUAAAGAAGAUGAGAAGUCAGCAGGAAUGACUCCAGAAAGGAAAGAUCUGAUCUCUAAGCAGCUUUCAGGUACUAAUUUUGGCUCCCUGAAAGCUAACCCUGUUGACCAGAUUUCUAUCUGUGCAGGCAGUCAAGAUGAAAUAAGCCAUGGAUUAGGGGAAUUUCAAGCCAAGCCAUCUGAGUUUACAGUGAAAACCAUCAAUGGCCACCGAACAGACUCAGACUGUAAACUACCCAACUCUUGUGUUCCCGCUGGCAAAGCUGGCCAGUCUGAGAAGUUGGAUCCCACUGAGAAAGGAGGUACAGGGGAGCAGAAGCCUGCAUCUCCUCAGAUAGUAAAACAACCAGAGUCUGCUGGCACUGAUACCCCAGGUGUAAAUGAAAAGGCAGAAGCCAAAACCCUACUGUUCAAUCCCAAACCUCAAGAAAGUGGAGGCACAGAAUUAGCUGGUAAUCCCACACCCUCCUCAAUGAGAAAGAACCAGGAGAGCGCCUUAGAAGAAAAUAAACAAACCAAGGCAGCCACAAGCCUGAGUCUGCCUUCUGAUUCCAUGGGUGACUCCAGCCCAGGUUCUGGCAAGAGGACCCCUUCUCGCGCGGUCAAAGCCAGCCCCCGCCGGGGCAGCCGCGUCAGCGAGUUCCUCAAAGAGCAAAAGUUAAACGUCACAGCAGCUGCUGCUCAGGUAGGACUUACCCCAGGAGAGAAGAAAAAGCAGCUUGGCGCCGACUCCAAACUCCAGUUGAAACAGUCCAAGCGUGUCCGAGACGUGGUGUGGGAUGAGCAGGGCAUGACCUGGGAGGUGUACGGUGCUUCCUUGGACCCUGAGUCCUUGGGUAUCGCGAUCCAGAACCACUUACAAAGACAAAUCAGGGAACAUGAGAAAUUAAUCAAAGCGCAAAGCAGCCAGUCCCGGAGAUCCAUUUCCUCAGAUACUUCUUCAAAUAAAAAGCUCAAAGGAAGGCAGCACAGCGUUUUCCAGUCCAUGCUGCAGAACUUUCGACGCCCCAACUGCUGUGUUCGCCCUGCCCCUUCAUCUGUGUUAGAUUGAAAGAGGAGGCAUAUGGGAGCCCAUGUAUACAUUUAGCGUAUUCAGAAGUGUUGAACUGUGUGUAAGCUUACGUAUAUAUUGUUUUUCUGAGAGA